AUGAUAUUUCUUCAAAAAGACGAGAUUGUCCGGAACAUCGAUCAAAGGCCAUAUCUAUCUAUCUAUCUAUCUAUCUAUCUAUCUAUCUAUCUAUCUAUCUAUCUAUCUAUUUAUCUAUCUAUCUAUCUAUCUAUCUAUCUAUCUACUUUAGGUUACAUAAAGAAUAUCUAUUUAUCUAUAUAUUUGUCUUGCUAUCUAUCUAUUUUUGCCUGUAUAAAAUCUAUCUACUUUAUGUUACAUAGAGAAUUUCUAUCUAUCUAUCUAUCUAUCUAUCUAUCUAUCUAUCUAUCUAUCUGUCUAUCUACUUUUGCCUAUAUAAAGUAUUUCUAUCUACUUACACAAAUAACAUUUAUCUAUCUAUCUAUUUUAGCUUGCAUAAAGAACAUCUAUCUAUCAAUGUAUAUUAGCUUACAUAAAGAACAUCUAUCUACUUUCGCUUACAUAAAGAACAGCUGUCAAUCUAUCUAUCUAUCUAUCUAUCUAUCUAUCUAUCUAUCUAUCUAUCUAUCUAUCUAUCUAUUGUAA